AUGCCUGCUUCUGUCUUCCUCCUUGGUCCAGGAUUUAUCGGUGGGGAGAUCAUAGACCUUCUCCUCGUAUCCAACUAUAAAGUUACAACCCUUGUCCGUCGUGAAUCGGCUGUUGCAGAUUACGCCAACUUGGGUGUCGAAACAGUAGUUGGUAAUCUAUACGAUGCAUCAGUGAUCACGGACCAGGUCGCGCGUAGUGACAUUGUCUUUCACACCGCAACUGCGGACCACUUGCCAUCUGUCGAAGCAAUCAUCGAUGGUAUCAGACAGCGCGCGGCACGAGGACUGAAAACAAUCUACAUCCACAAUAGUGGAGCAACUUUGCUAUCAGAUACGGCCCAAGGCGACUACAAGAGUCAUACCAUCUUUGACGAUGACCAGCCCGCACAGAUAAACGCCCUCCCCGAUUCUGCAUCGCAUCGACAGAUCGACCUAGCCAUCCUCCGGGCGGGCAAAGAACUAGCCUCCCACGCCAAAAUCGCCAUCAUGAUUCCGCCCCUUAUCUACGGUGUAACCACCAGAGAGAAGCGACUCUCAAUCCAAUUACCCACGCUCAUUCGGUUCUCUAUCAAACAUGGUUAUGCGGGUCAAAUUGGGAAGGGGUUCGCUAUUUGGAAUCAGAUUCAUGUCAAAGAUCUUGCUAGGGGAUAUAUGGUUCUUCUUCAUUGGAUGGAAUGCGCAUCCGUCGGGGAGAUCUCUCGUAACCCUUACUUCUUUUGUGAGAAUGGCCAAGAGUUGUUCUGGGGUGAAUGCGCUAUUGAGAUUGGGCGUAUAUUAAAGCAGAUGGGGCUUAUUGGUGACUCCACCCCUAGAUCCAUUCCGGAGAAACAGUGGGGCGAUCUAUUCGGGGAUUAUUCGGGGAUGGUGGUCGGUUCAAAUGCCCGGAAUAGAGCGAAUAGACUUCGAAAAUUGGGAUGGGCUCCGUUGGAGAAGGAGACUUUUGCCUCCUUGGCUGAAGAUGAGAUUCCACUCAUCGCGAAGGAAACCGGGGAGUUUAAAGGUUAUGCCAGCGUCGUUGCAUCCUAA